AUGGUCGAGCUUGGUGUUUCCUACUGGAUUUUUACAGCUCUCGGAGUUUUAGUGACUAUUGUGCAAGUUGUGACGAGUAUUUACAUACUUUAUAAGUAUACAAUAGAUCUGAAAAUUUGGAAGAAAAUAGAAUAUCAAUUAAUUUUGAUCCGCGUUUUCUGCGACAUUUUCAAUGGCAUCGGAGGAUGUGGUUAUUUCACUUCAAGCAGUUUCACAUUGUUGUACUCGAAUAUUGUCCCAUUUGAUGUAACUUUUCUUUUCGGAUUAUUUGGGUCAAACUUUCUAGGAAUGAGAAGUUUUCUAGCAGCAAUUAUAGCUAUAGAGAGAGUGGUGGCAACUAUGGUUCCUUUGAAAUUUUAUUACUACCGGCGACGAAUUUCAAACGCGCCUGUUAUUGCCUUCAUUAUAUCGACAGCCGUGGCAGUUGAAGUCGUUCUUUUUGGAUUUUGUGGAUUCAGACUACCUCUACCAGUUGGGUGUACCAAUUAUGCAUGUGCAACUCCUCCCUGUUACCUAACCUAUGCAGCUGUUACGAAAAUGAUAUACGGUUCUGUUAAUGCUGCGUUCUCAAUUCUACUCUGUGCUAAAAUUUUCUUGUUAUCCUGGAGACAAGCGUCAGUGCAAGCGGAUCUUCGUAGAGUCAACUGGAUUUCUCUUACCGAUGGUCUGUCGACCCUAUCGUUCGAUGUUCUUCCAACUAUGAUAUUUGAUAGUCGAAUCAUUGAUAUUUCUGUAUGGUUCGUUUAUUUGUCUAUCUCGGUGGUAGAUCUAUUUUACGAUUUGGUUUCUUACAACGUAUCAUUUAUGUUCGGGAUCAUAAGCUUCAAUCUAAUGGAAGUUAGAUGUUACAUCGCAGCUAUAAUAGCAAUUGAGAGAGUUUUGGCAACGACUAUCCCUCUUAAAUUCUAUCGACACCGUAGUAAAAUAUCGAAUAGUUUCAUCGUUUGUUGCGUAAUUUCUCUUGGAAUCACAGCUGAUGUAACGCUCUUCGGUUUUUGUGGCUAUCGAUUUGAACCUGUUCCUGGAUGUACGAAUUUCAACUGUGCAACACCAGCAUGCUUUCAAAGAUACACAUCUGUUACUAGAAUGCUCUAUACGAUAACUAAUUUUUCUUUCUCAAUUAUUCUUUGCUACAAGUUGUUCUGGAUGUCCCUAAAGAAUACAAAAAUGGCAGUUGAUAUCAAGAAAGCUAAUCUGAUUUGCUUGACUGAUGGUUUCUCAGCAUUGAUAUUUGAAUUAAUACCAUGGUGUAUUUCAUAUUACGGUAUCAUUGAUAUUAAGCUCGGUCCAAUAAUUGGAUCAUUACGCACGACGGGGAGAGUUUUGGAGUCUUAUGUGAUGUUGAAAUUGAUGAAGAAAGAAGUCGUA